AGCCGCGGGAGAGACUUCGCAAAAUGGCACGAUAACCGAGGAACGGGAUUGAACAUUGAUCCCCUUCGGCGUCCGCAGUGAGUCAAAGAUGACGUGCAGUUUUGGGAAGUGAUUGUGCUCACCAAAGUCCAAUAGAUCUCGGAUCGAGCAGUCUUGGCGGCAAACGUGUGGACAUCCUUUUCUAAUCGCACGUAAGCGUGCCGUCCUUCAUGUUAGGUUCAUAAAUACGAAGAAACCGACUGUUUUAAGAGGUACUAUCAAUACCGGUUUGGACCGCAAGUCACCAUUUACAACGCAAUAUUUAUAUCCAUUAUCCGUGAUAACAAGAUAAGGGUUUGGUCAUGCCCCCUAAGCUGGUCAACGGGAGGAUUGGAAUUUCUCAUUUCUAAUCCGCCAGCGAAUCGGUAUCCAGAUAGCGCAGCUGGGAAAGUUUUCGUUCGAUAUCGGCAACAUCCGGAAGGUGAUACUAACUUUUAAAAGCAAGCCCCCCGCAGGUGGUUCGUUUUUAUCGGUGAGGUGCAGUUUAAAAGUGGACGCUCAGCGCACACAACACGCAGGAAUAGCUUCGCCUCGCAGGAAUCGAAUUUUGACCUCGCUCAUAGAAUAAUGCUGAGAACGUGUACGAGUUUCAUUUUAACCGCAAACAUCCGAUCGACGGCGUUAGUACGUUGUAGCAGUCGUAAUGUAUCAACAAAUUGUCCACUGUAUGCGGCUGCGGUCGAUAAAAUCGAACAACCAAAAGCGAACCGAUCGUUUGUCGUGAACCUGUUCAGUGGAAAACUACAAACGGCCGAACUGUUCCCCUAUCCGGAACCACUGAACGAGGAACAACGAGAGUACGCGCAAGCUUUUAUCGAUCCAACGGAGAAAUUUUACCAGGCAAUGAACGAUGCGGUCAGAAAUGACGCCACUGGAACUGUGGAACCGGCUGUGGUGGAUGCUCUAUGGGACAACGGAUUCCUGGGCCCUUUCGUUCCAACGGAAUACGGUGGUCUGGGGCUUCUGAACUCGCAGUCGGUGAAAAUUUCAGAAAUCACCGGCAGUUAUGACCUGGGCAUGUCGAUCUUUACCGGCGCUCACCAAACGAUCGGAACUAAGGGUAUCGUGCUGUACGGCACGGAGCAGCAGAAGAAAAAAUAUCUUCCCCAGCUGAGCUCCGGUAGGGUGUUUGGAGCGUUCGCUCUCACCGAACCCGGCACAGGGUCCGAUGCAGCGUCGGUCAAAACGAAAGCCGUGCUCAGCCCCUGCGGUAAAUACUAUCUCCUCAACGGAUCCAAAUUGUGGAUAUCGGGCGGUUGCACUGCGAACAUCUUUACCACCUUUGCGCAGACGGAGCUGGUGAAUCCGCAGACGGGUGAAAAGACAACCAAAAUGACCGCGUUCAUCGUGGAGCGUGCGUUCGACGGGGUCAGCAAUGGGCCACCGGAGGACAAAAUGGGAAUCAAGUGUUCGAACACGGCUGAGGUGUUUUUCGACGACGCAAAGGUGCCGGUGGAGAAUGUGCUCGGUGAGCCGGGCCAGGGUUUCAAGAUUGCGGUGAAUAUCCUAAAUUCCGGUCGGUACGGAUUGGGUGCCAUGUUGGCGGGGUCGAUGAAGACGUGCAUUGAGACGGCGGCCAACCACGUGAAAAACCGUGUGCAGUUUAAACGCAAGUUGAUCGAAUUCGAAAACGUGCAGGAAAAGCUCGCCCUAAUGGCCACAAAGCAUUAUGUGGCGCAAAGCAUCACGUACAUGGUGGCGGGCAACAUGGACAAAGGAUCGGUCGACUUCCAUCUAGAGGCAGCGGUGAGUAAGGUGUUUUGCACCGAGGCGGCCUGGGACGUGUGCGACGAUGCCAUUCAGCUGUUGGGUGGCAAUGGAUUCAUGAAAGCGAACGGUUUGGAACGGUUCAUGCGAGACAUGAGAAUUUUCCGCAUCUUCGAAGGGGCCAACGAUGUCCUGCGUAUGUUUAUCGCCUUGACCGGCAUUCAGGCGACCGGAAAAGGGCUUCGUGAGCUGCAAAAGGCAAUGAAAAACCCACUCGGUAGCAUAGGGGUUCUUCUGGCGGAAGGGUCGAAACGGGCCGGUCGGAGAGUUGGUGUUGGUGGCGUCAACUUGACGCCAUUCGUUGCGAGUGAACUGCAGACCGCAGCCAAGCAGUGUGGUGAGUGCAUGGACUUGUUUAGCGAAACCGUCGAAUCUCUACUGAUGAAGCACGGCAAAGGUAUCAUCGAGCGCCAGUUUCAACUGGCCCGGAUCGCCGAUAGUAUGAUCGAUAUCUACACGAUGGCGGUGGUGCUGUCACGUGCUACUCGUGCCAUUCAGAAGGGCCUUCCCUCGGCGGCCCAGGAAGUGCUGAUGACGCAAAUCUGGUGCCAGGAGGCAAGCAGUCGGGUGCGGGCCAACAUCAGUCGGAUUCACUCGCCCUCGGUCCAGCUAAACUACCAACGCAUGACACUGGUGGCCAGGAAUGUUUCGGAACGAGGCGGGCUAGGCUACACUAAUCCUCUGGAGAUUGAUUAAACGUACGCACCUUUUCGGCGUACGCACUGAUAAGAGAGUGA